UCCCACUUACUGAUGUGAGCCGCACUCAUACACACUCUGGACUUUUCAAGCUGUGAACAACUGCCAGCUCCUCUUGUUUCUUUCAUUUUUUGUUGUUUCGCUCACUCUGUCUUGAGAGCUUGAGAGGAGUAAUCAUGAGGAACCAUAGAUGAGGACUACUGGAAGCAAUUCCAGGUGAAUUUAACCAAUUUCCUGGUGGAUUCAUCAUGAUGGAGAAGGAAGCCAUUUAUUUGGCCUAGACCAGUGGAUGCCCCGUUUGCUCAGAAACUGUUACAACAGGGUUUGGUGGACAAUGCAGACCAGGUUGAACAUUAUAAUUUCCUCAGGUCUCUUAGUGACUCUUCUGAGCCUUUGUGGAGCAUCUACAAGUUGUCCAUCAGGCUGUUCCUGCAAUGUCAACCACACAGACUGCAGUGACCUUAACCAACUGGCUUCCUUGGACUCCAUCCUGGACCAGCUUCCUUUUGACACAAGCUACCUCAACCUCUCAAAUAACAACUCCACCAUUGUGGAACCUGGGAGUUUUUCCAAUUUUAGUGGCCUGCUACAUCUAGACCUCUCCAGAAACCUUCUCUCCAGCAUCAACCCUGGGUGUUUUUCCAAUCUCAGCAGACUGCUUCAUCUAGACCUCUCCAGAAACCUUAUCUCCAGCCUUUUCCCUUCAAGCUUCUCCCACUUGAAUAACCUGGAAGUCCUGGAUCUCUCUGAAAACCUCCUUGUGAGGCUCCCCGUUAACUUGUUCUCUGACCUCGGCAGCCUAACAGAACUGGCUCUAAGAGACAACAGGCUUAAGGAACUGAAUCCAGAUCAGUUCAAAGGCCUGACUGAGCUUAGGCGUCUAGAUCUUUCCUUGAACAGUCUCAGCUCUGUGCCCACACACCUAUUAGAUGGGCUCCAGAACCUAGUGUGGCUCUCGCUUAUGGGUAACAGGCUGAGAACUCUGCAGCAGACUUCACUUGAGCAAGCAACUGCUCUACAGCACCUUUUGCUUGAGGGAAACCCAUGGAAUUGCAACUGCAAUUUAAUUCCACUCAAGCAUUGGCUGGAAUGGAUUAUUUAUACAGGUGGCAAUGUAGAUUCUGUCAACUGCUCCUUUCCUGCUAAUUUGCAUGGUAAGGAUCUUCGCAGUAUCCCUAUGGAGAUGUUUAGACACUGUUACCCCCUCUAUCUCGAGACCAGGAGCCCGUCUGCUGCUGAGGGCCACCAGGUACCAGCCGGGUCGGCCGGAGACUGCAUGCGCCAGCGCUACCGGUCUGUGAGCGUGCGUCGAGCGACUGCCACAGUGGUGGUAGCUGGGGUGGUGUGUGGCAUGGUGUGUGUGAUGAUGGUGAUAGCAGCCACCUACGGCUGCAUCUACGCAAUUCUGAUGGCUCACGAACAGCAGCAGUUGACAGAGGGAAACAGCCAGCAGCAACAGCCGCUGAUGGUGGCUAAGGAACCAGAGCAGGAUGAAAAGGAGGAUCUGAUGUCAACUAUCGGAAAGGGAGCAGUAGCCACAGAGUGUGUAGGGUGGAUGGCGUUUCCUCCAGAAGUGUGUGUUUAAGGCACAUGAGGAACCUACUGGAAGCUACAGUUUAUCAUUGAUGAACAUAUAUUUAUAAAUGUAUGUUUGGGAGCAAGAGAUGGAGAGCAAAUGACCCAACAUAGAUCAGGAGCAAUUACGGCUCAUACAAACUGGUUCAAAAAGACUCAAAAAGCCAAAUAUAAUAAACUGUUAGCUGUUAAGUAGGUUUAAGAAUAUACUGAAUAUGAUUUCAUGUAAACUUCUAUAUUUUCCUAUGAAUUCUCCUAAGAAACCAGCUCUGUGUUUCUUGUAGUUGCAAUCAAUCAGUUGUUAAUUAGCAUAUUAAAUAGUACACUUUUCUAAAAUUGAAAAACAGAAUAAUAUUUUAAAUAUAUAUGUAUGUUCAAUAUUUAAGUAACGUAUGUCUACAUUAGGGAUUAUUAUUUUCAUGUUAUUAAAAUUCUAUAUUAUUUGGUCAAAAUAAAAGAAAAAUAAUACACUAACAACUAAAAUCAAUCAUUUUAAAUGCAACAAGACAUUUAUAAUGCACAGAAUGAAAAAUGGAUAUUUAUUUUCAUAUGUGCAAAAGAUUAUAUUUAACAGUGUUAUUAAUUAGCUUAUUCAAACACAAAAGACUAACUGUGAGCAUUAGAUGGUGACAAAGGUAUUAUAAAUGUAUAAAUAGGGGAAAUGAGCAUGAACAAUUAAAUAUUUAAUAUCAGCCCAAAAAAUUCUAAUAUGGUCUCAGAAUUUUGGACACCACUUCAUUUUGUAUAAUUAGUAAUGUGCUGAAUGAUCACAAAAUGGUAUGUUGAAUGUAAGAUCAGAUUUCAGCAGACAAUGGCAGACAGAUAUCUUACCUCCAGCAACAGCUGUUCUCUUCCCCUCAGUAACAGUCACAGAUGUUAUCGCCACAAAAGUGUUCUUGCCUGUUGGACAGAGGUCAGAG